AUGGCGCUAAGCACUGGCCUAAAAUGCCAAGGUUUGAAAACUUCAAAAUAUCUUUCCAUGAAUAGACAAAGUGAAGGACUAACCACUGAUAUUCCAAUAACCCCAAAUAGUGAAGGACUAACCACUGAUAUUCCAAUAACCCCAAAUAGUAAAGGACUAACCACUGAUAUUCCAAUAACCACAAAUAGUGAAGGACUAACCACUGAUAUUCCAAUAACCCCAAAUAGUGAAGGACUAACCACUGAUAUUCCAAUAACCCCUAAUAAUGAAGGACUAACCACUGAUAUUCCAAUAACCACAAAUAGUGAAGGACUAACCACUGAUAUUCCAAUAACCCCAAAUAGUGAAGGACUAACCACUGAUAUUGCAAUAACCCCUAAUAGUGAAGGACUAACCACUGAUAUUCCAAUAACCACAAAUAGUGAAGGACUAACCACUGAUAUUCCAAUAAUCCCAAAUAGUGAAGGACUAACCACUGAUAUUCCAAUAACCACAAAUAGUGAAGGACUAACCACUGAUAUUCCAAUAACACCAAAUAGUGAAGGACUAACUACUGAUAUUCCAAUAACCCCAAAUAGUGAAGGACUAACCACUGAUAUUCCAAUAACCCCAAAUAGUAAAGGACUAACCACUGAUAUUCCAAUAACCACAAAUAGUGAAGGACUAACCACUGAUAUUCCAAUAACCCCAAAUAGUGAAGGACUAACCACUGAUAUUCCAAUAACCACAAAUAGUGAAGGACUAACCACUGAUAUUCCAAUAACCCCAAAUAGUGAAGGAAUAACCACUGAUAUUCCAAUAACCCCAAAUAGUGAAUGA